CGGGCUGAUAUGCCGCGCGAGUUUACCUUCCAUGAACUGGACAUGUUUGAGAUUGGUCUCAGUGCGUUUGGCAAGAACUUUCCAGCCAUACAGCGCCGGUAUUUAAGCCAUCGAAGCGUUCGCGAAGUGGUGCGAUGCUAUUAUGACUGGAAGAGAACGCCGCGCUAUGACCUAUGGGUCAUGGUCAGUGGUUUCCACGGUGAACAGCGGGAGGCACUGAUUGAGCAGAUUGCUGAGAGCGUCGAACGGAGCCGUUCGCCUCACGCUCUGCCCUCGAACUUGACUUUGGGUGACGCAACGCUUGAGACAGCUUCUGAGUGGGUGGCAUCAGCUGACACCCUCACUGCCGCAAGUGAUCAGACUUCAGGAGCACCUGAUCCGGCCAAGGCGACGUUGGCAGUAACGGCCGGCCUGCUCUCUUCGCCGCGGCACAACACUGGAGACGCUGAUGUGGAUAUUGACUUUUUGAGUCCCAUCAAGGACCUUGAGUCCAUAGCCGGUUCAUUGGCGAGCGAGCCUCACAUGUCUUUGUGAGGCAGCAAUGUUCAUGAUGUCCUUUUGGUUGAGCCCGGGUCUGAUGGACCCGAGCUAGGAUGCGGCGUAUGUACAGGUGUACAGGGGGCGACCUUGCAGCUUAUUAGCCACUGUCGUGGUCGACCCUUCCUAGGCUCAGGUGUUUUCGUGUUAGAUGAUUUAUGAUUUGCUUUGGUUUCGCUUAGUAUCUGCCCUUUCUAUCCGUCUUUAUCCCUGCCCAGGUGUUUCCUUGCGUGUUUGUUCUUGUCAUAUCCUCGUUUGCUUGUUUAUUUCCUUUUUUUUUCUCCCUCUCCCUCUACUCUUUGCGAGCCUGGUGCUCCGCAAUGCCAUUGGGCCCUUGCAUCAGGGUCUAUCCACAGGCCUUCUUGACCUGGGCAUUGAUGAUUGACUCGUUGCCGCUGAGCGGUCUGAAAGUAUCCAAUU